AUGCCUGCACAGAAGUCAAUCACGAAGCCCGAAGAGGCUGGCGAGUCAUCAACAUCUGCGGCUAAGAAAGCUUUGACAGCCGCGUCAAAUGGUGUUCCUAACUACGAGCUCCCAUGGGUCGAGAAAUACCGUCCGGUAUUCCUGGACGACGUUGUCGGAAACACCGAAACGAUCGAUCGAUUGAAGAUCAUUGCGAAGGAGGGAAACAUGCCACACGUCAUCAUCUCAGGCAUGCCUGGUAUCGGAAAGACGACAAGUGUGCUUUGCCUGGCGAGACAAUUGCUGGGAGAAUCGUACAAGGAGGCCGUGCUAGAGCUGAACGCCUCCGAUGAGAGAGGUAUCGACGUCGUCCGUAACCGCAUCAAGGGCUUCGCCCAGAAGAAGGUCACCCUGCCCCAAGGCCGCCACAAGCUCGUCAUUCUUGACGAAGCCGACAGCAUGACAUCAGGCGCGCAGCAGGCCCUCCGCCGCACGAUGGAGAUCUACUCAAACACGACCCGCUUCGCCUUCGCUUGCAACCAGUCCAACAAGAUCAUCGAGCCGCUGCAGUCCCGUUGCGCCAUCCUGCGCUACGCACGUCUCACCGACGAGCAGGUCGUCAAGCGUCUUCUGCAAAUCAUCGAGGCCGAGAAGGUGGAGUACAGCGACGACGGUCUGGCAGCGCUCGUGUUCAGCGCCGAGGGUGAUAUGCGACAAGCCAUCAACAACCUACAGUCGACCUUUGCCGGUUUCGGCUUCGUGUCCGGCGACAACGUCUUCAAGGUCGUCGACUCCCCGCACCCGAUCAAGGUUCAGGCUAUGCUCAAGGCAUGCUACGAGGGAAACGUCGACUCGGCGCUGGAUAGCCUGAGGGAGUUGUGGGAGCUGGGUUACUCGAGCCACGACAUCAUCAGCACCAUGUUUAAGGUCACCAAGACGAUCCCCACGCUCAGCGAACACUCCAAGCUGGAGUUCAUCAAGGAGAUUGGCUUUACGCACAUGAAGAUUCUCGAGGGAGUGCAGACGCUGCUGCAAUUGAGUGGUUGCGUGGCGAGGCUCUGCAAGAUCAACAUGGACCCCAAGAAGUUCGACGCGCCGUCAAAAUAA